AUGCCUGCGGGCAGCUUGACAACAACUCAAGAUCUCGACGGCCUAGAUCCCGAGUCGUACACGGCCCGUCGCCUUAAGCAUGCCUCUCCUGAACACCUUCACCUCACCUCUCGGAAGUUCUUCAUUGGGCCGAUACCCGAAGGCUGGCUCAAUAGCAACAGGAAAUCAUGGUACAAGCGGAGGUUGGAACUAAGCACCUACUCCUCCAAAAGAGCAAGUUUCCAUGCAUCUGCCGAUACAGGGCCUCAUAAUAGGACUCUGACAGGGCUGGAUGGUCCGUCGACCGCGGCAAGGAUAUCGUUCAGCUUUCCGCAGCCAGAAGACGUCCACGACGAGGCAUCGAGUGCAGGUGAGGAAGCUGGGACAGAGAUCCCAGAAGAGGAGGAAGUCCUUGAAACAGCAAAUCUUGAGCCCGUUGCGACAAAUGAAGUUCCAAUUGGACCUGACAAUGAACCACAGACUCAAAAUAAUAUUGCGUCCUCGAAAGCUAUUCCUGUACCUAUAGACAGAGGCUUAGACGGAACAAGAGAUCAGUCUGGCCACAAGAGUGCCACAUCUCCGGGUCCUACAUCCUUUUCAACCGCGAAGGAGAACAUGUCGGCGAUAUCUGACAGAGACCCAUCCUUGAUAGAUGAACGCCGAUCUAGACACGACACUGACCAGGAGGAGACGGAUGGACAAGGGUCUCUGCGGAUUUCUAGCGUGGGAACGAGUUCUCGGACGCCUCUGAUACAACCGCAAACCGGGAUUCCUGGCUCCCAGUCUCUCCGACAACAUGAGCCCUCACCUUUGAAAGACGAUAUCUCAUAUCAGCUCAAACGCUCCACUACUGGAGUUCGCUUCAAGGUUGCGGAAGGGGUCCAGCAAGGUCGACGUCGGAUCGAGAGCAAGGCAGAGAGAGCGAUAGAUCGUGUUGCCGACCACAGAUUGAGACGCAACACGUUGAAGGAAGGGACCAUCGUCAAGAUGGAGAGAAUGUUGGUUAGAUGUGACAGCACUAUGCAACCGCUCCCGGAAGAUUUCGACGAGAACGAGAGUCAGAAAAUCGAAAUGAGACUCCUUGAGAAGUGGAGAGAGUAUAUGGUUGUGACGAGGAAAAGCAAGAAACAAGAUGCCGAUGACUUCAGAUUGCAACUCUAUAAAACAAGAGUGAUUCCUGAGAUUGACACUGAAUCUACAAAGAAAAAGCCCGCACAUGAGAUUAGAUUGGAUCCCAAAACAACAAGGAUAAAUCUAUAUUCCUCAUUGGACAAGACGGUAGUCAUCUGGCAUGCAUACAAGAAAGGAACACGAAUCUUCGUCAUGAGGCCCAGCUCAACGGCACAUUCAGUGGAGUGGUAUACUUUCCUUCGGGAUGCUUUGGGUUGGCGGAGACCUAAUGUUCUCCACAUCAAUGUGCCUGACCUAGACGUCACCUUGAAGCUGGAGAGACCGUUUGAAGGCCUUGAGAAAGCUGGUGCCGAUGCAACCGAUGAAGAGACUGCGCUCUCUCAGACUGUUGAGGCUGAGAAAGCUGUUGCCGGCACAAUCAUAGCGAAGUGCUUGGAUAUGCUAAAACGUGAUCCCGAAUGGUCCAGCGUACUAAAAGUCUGGAGCGAAUCAGCUCAUAUGGGCCUCGCGUGGAAGAGAUACGACCGACUAGAAUGGGUUUCUGGUGCCAACGAACAAAAAAUGUAUGGCUCUAUGGCGAUGCAACGAUCGCAUGACCUGGAAUUGCGACCAAAACAGCACUAUCCUACCUGUACUCAUGGACGAAAGGGCAAGCUUCACGAAGAGCCCAGCCCGAUCGAAGGCUUUCUUGUACGUCUUACGUCUCAGAAAGGCGUCCAUCAACGAUUCGGCAAAGCAUUUUUCAAACGGCUAUACUUCUCCACCCACGACCAGUUCUUGGUGUUCAACCGACCUGCAAAAGCCACACCACCACAUCCUCCAAGGUUAGCAACAAUUGGAGGUCAGAACAUCCCUUCGUCACAAGAAAUUAUCGACAAAACACCGUUGAUGUUCGAGGUGGAACCGUACAAGUUGAAAGAUGCAGCUGUUUCCUGGCUGGCCUCUAGAGACAGGUUGUCGAUUGAGAGCCAUGACCGAGAUGCUCUGGAGGAGGCCCGGCGCAAUGUCGCAAAUCUUCUUGAGUCUGACGGGUUCGUCAAUUUGUGCUACGUGAAGAAAGUGCGUACCAUCAAGUGGGGCGCUUCCCCAGCUGAUGAUACGCUCGAUAUUGGUUCCGACUCUGAUGUUGAUUUUCACCAGGAGGUUUCAGACACCAGGGCUGAAGACGGCACAACUAAGCAGAUUGAUGACGAUCGUGUCUUUGAAAUUCUCCUCGACAACGGGCUGGUGAUUCGAUUACAAGCAUACUCGAAACAAACCCGGGAUGAAUGGAUCUCGAGGUUGAAGAAGUUGGUCAAGUACUGGAAGUUACGUGUCGCGGCUGAGAUGGACACCUACAAAUCAAUCCGACGAGCCAAUCUAGAAGAGCUUAAUAUCGACGAAGAACUUGAAGCUAUUAUCGGACAGUUUGCGAAGAAGUGGGAAGUUAGCCGAAGUCAGACGAGUCCAGAGCUGUACAACAUGUGCGGUUUCAGUGUAUGCCGGAGUAUCACAAUGGCCGGCCCACUGUACCUGAAAACGAAGCGUCGAGCGGCUUUCCACAGGAGCCAAGUGAUCCUCACCGGUGGCAAGCUUCUGAUAUACCAGGCUUCGUUGAGAAAACGGACAGGUCAAGAGAUUCGCCAUAUCCAUCAAGAGAAGCAACAGGUUGUCGAUCUGAGGGACUGUUAUGUAUACAGUGGCUUGAUUGUGGAAGAUGAUUUAUUGUACCAGAACAAGACGUUUGACGCCAACCAUCCCGGUAUAGCAACUCUCCCUCGGGUCUACCUUGAAGACGGCUGGACCAGCGCCGAUGUGGAUGUGAUGACUUGCUUUGUCGUGUGGCAGAACAGACGCAAAGGCUGGUUCCGAACAGCAGCAGUUGCCCAGGACAACAAGUCGUCCUCGGAUGGACAAGGUGACGGUGGAAGGACUCGAGCUACACUACGCCGAGUGGGCCAGCUCGGUGUGCCUGGUCGAGGAAUGGUGUUUAAGUGUCGAAGUCGGGCCGAGAGGGACAGAUGGGUUCUGAGCGUUUCAUGUGAAAUUGAACGACUUGUUGAGCAAGAGGUUGAAGAGUUGGGAGAUGAAGGGGAGUUUAGGUUUGAUAAGUGA